AUGACAAUAAUUUUACUGCAAUUAUUUAAACAUAAAACAUCACUUGAAUAUGAAUUUUUGAAUGAUGCUGCACAACAUUUUCAAUCGCAUUCAACAGCUUUAGGUGGUAUUAAAUGUGAAGGAGAUCCGGCAAUGCAAUUAUUAAAUUAUAGUCGUGAUUUAUUUCGUCAAAUUGAACAAAACUUUUACAAAAGUCAACAAAGUUUGUCAGAUUCUGAUCAAGAAAUGUGUAAGUGUUUACAUGGUGAUGAAAGCAAAAUCGAUGGUGUUGAUAUGGAUAAUCAAGAUAGUAAUGAUAUUGAUGAUUUUAUGGAGUAA